AUGGUGCUCUUAAUCAAUCUCGAUGAUAAUGUAUCUCCUUCGGGGUACACUGGAUACGACUCACGCUUGUUAGAUUCCCGCCAUCAUCCAAAUAUCAUCGAUGCUACUGGUAGCGAGCGAGCCGGCUGCCGGGGUAGAAUCAGUAGCAAUGUCACUACGAAUACAGAUGAAGCUACAGGGAAACAGAGGUCGGACGAUGGGGGUAAAGAAAGGGAGAAUCCAAAUUUGAAUGAAUUCUCGGCAGCUUUAGGCUGCUAUCCGAUCGUCUCUCAGAUUACUUACUCUCUGGACCUGAACACCCUACAUGCCCUAGCCCAAACUUGCCGGCAAUUUCGAGCAAAUCUGCUCCAAUUCCGCCGCCAACUCGUAACGCAGACACUCCGAUGCGAGAACGAGGAGGCGGACUCUCUCCUCACGGAAUUCUACUCAAACAGUUACUCCAAGCAACCCUGGGGACGCGCGCCUCUUCUGACUCGCAGCGGUAAUGGCGUGGGGCCGAAAACUGGGCAAUUGACAAGCGGCAAGAAUUGUAUCAUCAAAGCGCCGUCCACCCAUCGUCUCACUAAUAGACACCGACGAUUGUGCGACACGUGCCUCUCCGCUCCGCUCUAUAAACAUACUACUCCUCGUAGCAUGCAGCCCCUCCCCGAGCCUCCAUCGUUUACCGCCGAAGCAUUUCUUAGAGGGCCGUGCAAUUGCCCCGAAAGUGUUUGGCUCUGUUUGCCCUGUGGGCAGGCAAUUGCUAGCUCGGAUACAACUUAUCGCCGCGGCUGGGCCUGGCGUACGAGCUAUGGAACGCGUCUGUUUGGAUUAGGCACUGGCAUUGGAGAGGGCAUUCAUGGCGUCCAUUGUGGUCGCGAAACCGAGUGUCUCGCCGCCAAGGAAGCCGAAUUUGAGAAUGAUUGCGAUGUACAGGUCGUGCAGCAACAUUCCACCGAGAGGGGAGAACUUGGGCCGAGCUAUCUGCGCCAAGAGAUUGAAGGAAUUGGCGGUGUGGUAAAGCAAAAGGUGAAGAAGAGAUUGCGCGUCGGAGCCAUUGUCAAGGCCCACGACGAUGAGAUGAAUCGACGCGAGUACCUAGGAAGAGAAGAGCGGGGCGAGGAGAGGAGCUGGUGUGGAUGGUGUUCACGAGUGAUACCCAGCGUCAAGGAUCGGCAAAGGGUUUCGUGGGCUUGA